AGAGAGAGAUUUUUAAUUGGCCCAUGCUAGUAUGUAGCGUCUUGGUGUAUGUAUAGGUCAGUGAGUGUGAUUGUGUGGGCUGGGGGGUCAGGUGAGAAUUGUCUCUGCUUUGAUGAUAUCUAUGUAUAUUUAACGAUCGGGUCAACUGCCAAAAAGAAAUACUACUAAAAUCUUCUUCUCUCUCCUCCUUUCUCUCUCUGAAACAAGCUACAGUCGGAGUGUCAAACACAAACAUGUGCCGUAUUGUAUUGUUAGAGAAAAAAUGGCAGAACUUGUUGCUCAAGACUCGGCUACUGCAGCACCAUUGCCUGAUAAGAAUGCGUUGGAGUUGAUUUUGGACAAACUUCAGAAGAAGGAUGUUUACGGUGUUUACGCAGAACCGGUUGAUUCCAAAGAGCUUCCUGAUUAUUAUGAUUUGAUAAAGUACCCGAUGGACUUUGCCACUGUGAGGAGAAAGCUACAAAACGGUUCGUACGAGACUUUGGAACAGUUUGAGCAUGAUGUUUUCCUCAUUUGCUCGAACGCAAUGCAAUACAACGAGCGGCAUACUGUAUACCACAAGCAGGUAAAGAGACUGCACUUUUUUUUUCAGUUUGUUGUUUCGACUUUUUAA